UUCUCUUCGGGACAUCCUCAUUCAACCUUUCGCUUCUCCUUUUCCUAUUAACUCUUAGGACAUCUUUGUCGCACCAUUAUUAGGGAAGAGACUAAUACACUAUGGAGGACGAGAAAAAGGGUCCAGGAUGCUCUACUUGGUCUUUGGGACAAUCCACUGCUACUAGCACACAAGUAGACUUGGACGAUUGGUCUUCCCCCGAUGAUCCUGAGAACCCUUACAAUUGGUCUUUUGGCAAGAAGGUCUACCAUGCCAGCAUCAUUGCAGCGUAUGCUUUUACAUCGACAUUUAUGUCCUCGAUUUACAGCUCUGGAACGGACGAAGUGGCCGAGCAUUUUGGUGUUUCUACAACAGUGUCUCUGUUGGGACUUUCGUUGUACAGCCUAGGCCUUUCCUUUGGACCUGUCCUUGCGGCUCCUCUCAGCGAAACGUUUGGCCGUUCUAUUAUAUACCGGGUUACUCUUCCAGUGUCGGCAUUUUUCACCAUUGGCAGUGCCGUUGCACAAAACAUGGCCACAAUUGUUAUCUGUCGCUUCUUUGCAGGGUUCUUUGCAGCCCCAGCAUUAUCUAUUGGCGGCGGGACUACUGCUGAUAUAUUCAAACCCUCCUCCCGUGGCAUCGCAAUGAGCUUCUUUCUCUUGGCUCCCUGCCUGGGACCUGCCGUUGGCCCUGUUAUCGGCGGUUUCGUGGUUGAAAAGAAGGGAUUCCGUUGGUUAGGAUGGGUCAUGGUCUUCUUCAUCUUUGCAACCUAUACUUACUCUCUAUGGUUGAGCGAGACAUACAAGCCGAUACUUUUGGAGAAACGGCGGAGACAACUGGGUAGAGCGGAGGCUCCCAAACCCACUGACGGUCCGGGAGCUAUGAGAACUUUUGUGACAGUCACACUAUUACGGCCGCUCAAGAUGUUGAUCACGGAGCCAAUAGUGGCCUGCUUCGGCCUCUAUGUGUCAGUUGACUUCGGAAUCCUCUACACCUUCUUUGCCGCAUUCCCUCUGGUGUACACACGCGUCUAUGGCUUCAAUUCUGGAGAGAUCGGCCUCGCCUUUGUCCCAAUUUUCAUUGGAUGUUUGCUUGCAACGGCCACCUGCAUCUUAUGCGACAGGCUUUUCUAUCAGAAACAAUUGGCGAAGGUCAAUGCUGUCAAGGAUCUAGACAACAGCCUGCGCAUCGAUGAAGAAUCUUUCUUUCACUUGGAUCAACCGUCUCAGACAACGAAGCAUGUUGAACCGGAACAUCGACUUUAUUGCGCCAUGAUUGGCGGCGUGGGGCUUCCAAUCGGCCUCUUCUGGUUUGCAUGGACGGCACGCACUGGUGUAUCAUGGGCCAGUUCCAUGGUUGGUACUAUGAUUUUUGCGUGGGGGAAUCUAUGCGUCUUCGUAGCAGCCAUGAUGUAUCUGGUCGACAGCUAUGGCCCGCAGUACGGCGCAUCCGCGGUCUCCUCCAACGUCUUCUGUCGCUAUAUCUUCGCAGCCGCGUUCCCUCUAUUUGCGAUCCAGAUGUACGACCGUCUUGGCGCCGCAUGGGCAACGAGUCUUCUGGGCUUUAUAUCCGUCGCCCUACUUCCAAUCCCCUGGAUCCUAUUCGUAUGGGGACCCAAGAUCCGCCAAAAGAGCGCAUAUAUAAUCACAGAGCAUUAGAAGGGUGCUUGAAGGCUUGACCUCUGCCCACCGUGUGAAUCCACACGCGGUCAAAGAGGGAUCUUUCUUCAAUCUAAGGAUCAAAAUUUCGUAAUACUCUGGUUAGCCAAAAAGGUCUCGCAUGUAUAUUAUUAGCACGAUGCCAUGAAUUUAUAGACUUAUAGACCGCCUUCAACUUACUAU